UUUUCUUAUAUAAGAGAAUUCAACAGUUUAUAUAUAUCUAAAAUAAAUUACUUUUUCUCUAUUUGCAUAAUAUAACUUUUCCAUGAGGAUAUUUAACUGAACCGCCUUAUUCUUACCUCAUAUCUCUACUUAAAGGAUCAAAACUGCCUAGGACUAUAAUUUAGGGGUUAUUUUGGUAUAGAUGUGUUUAGUGUAAUUUAGCCUAAUUUUUUUUUUUAAAUCUUCCCUUAGGCGAUCGUUGAAGUCGUUAAAAUACCGUUGAAUCCACAUGUAGUGAACUUUUCCCGCUGCAGGCUUCUUCUCAUGCCUAACCAUGUCCUUCUUCGUGUUGCUAUAUCUCAAUCACCCAAAUCAUACACCAUCUCAGUUCCAUCAAGAUCUCUAAUUGGUUUAGCAAGAUUCUUCAGAGUAGCUAGCCCCACUUGCUAUUCUAUUCUAUCUGAGCACUUAAAGAACCGACGAAUUGAUGAAGCUAGAGAGCUUUUCGAAAGAAUUCCAUCUCCAAAUAUCUAUUUAUGCACCAAAAUGAUAGCUGGGUAUGCUGAGAAUCUAAGGUUGAGUGAGGCACUGAAGCUGUUUGAUAAAAUGCCUGUAAAAGAUACGGUUAUGUGGAACUUGAUGAUCAAAGGGUGUGUAAAUUGUGGGGAUAUGGAGAUGGGAUUGAAGCUUUUUAAGGAAAUGACUCAAAGAAAUGUCAUUUCUUACACGACGAUGAUAAAUGGGUUUUUGAAGUUUGGAAAGGUUGAAGAGGCUGAGAGUUUGUUUAGGGAGAUGCCAGAAAGGGAUAUGGCUGCUUGGAAUGCUAUGAUUUAUGGGUAUUUUGAGAAUGGAAGAGUGGAGGAUGCUGUUAAAUUGUUUGAGCGGAUGACCUAUAAGAAUGUGAUUUCUUGGACGUCAGUUAUUAGCGGGCUUGAUCAGCAUGGGAGGAGUGAUGACGCUCUAUUGAUUUUUAAGAAGAUGCUAGAUUUUGGCGUUGAGCCCACUUCUAGUACCUUUGCUUCCGUUAUCACAGCUUGUGCUAGUGUAAGGGAUUUAGGUCUAGGUAGUGAAAUUCAUGCCUGUGUUGUAAAGGUUGGUUAUCUGUAUGAUACUUAUGUCACUGCUUCACUAAUAACAUUAUAUGCUAAUUGCAUGCACGUGGAUGAUUCUUCUAAGGUAUUCAGUGAGAGGUUGCACAAUAACGUUGUUGUAUGGACAUCUCUUUUGACAGGGUAUGGCUUGAAUUGUAAGCACAAAGAAGCAUUGAAAGUGUUCGGGGAUAUGAUUAGAAUUGGUCUACUUCCCAAUCAGUCUUCCUUCACUAGUGCCCUAAAUUCCUCCUGUGAAAUGGAGUCUAUUGAUCUUGGCAGAGAGAUUCAUGGUGUAGCAGUCAAACUCGGAUUAAACACUGAUGCCUUUGUUGGUAAUUCGCUAGUUGUAUUGUAUUCAAAAUGUGGAAAUGUAAACGAUGGACUCAUUGUAUUCAAGGAGAUUCCUGAAAAGAACAUUGUUUCAUGGAACUCGAUCAUUGUUGGAUUUGCACAACAUGGAUGUGGAAAUUGGGCACUCACAUUGUUUGCCCAGAUGGUACGUUCAAGGGUUGAUAUGGAUGAUAUCACAUUUACUGGGCUACUUGCUGCCUGUAGCCAUUCUGGCAUGCUAGAGAAAGGAAGACGCUUAUUUCAGUAUAUCUCCCAAAUCUCACCUGUUGAAGUGACACUUGAGCAUUAUAGUUGUAUGGUAGAUAUCCUUUGCAGAAGUGGGAAGUUAAAAGAGGCAGAGGAUUUGGUGAAAAGUAUGCCCAUGGGACCAAAUUUGUCAAUAUGGCUAGCUUUGCUUAGUGGUUGCAAGAAGCAUUUAAACUUAGAACUGGCCGAAAGAGCUGCAGAAAAAGUUUUUCAUCUUGACCCAAAUUGUAGCGCUGCUUAUGUUUUAUUAUCUAAUAUUUAUGCUUUUUCUGGUAGAUGGAAUGAUGUUGCCAGAAUUAGAGGAAAUAUGAAAAGAAGAGGAAAUAUAAAACAACCGGGAUGCAGUUGGGUUAAUCAAAAGGGAAUCCGGCAUACAUUUCUUUCUGGUGAUACUUUGCAUCCUCUAAGUGAUAAGAUAUACGAAAAGCUGGAACGGUUGACGGAAAAGUUGAAAGAAUAUGGUUAUGUCCCUGAUCAGAGAUAUGCAUUGCAUGACGUAGAGGAUGAACAGAAGGAAGUUCUGCUGUCGUAUCACAGUGAGAGGCUUGCUAUUUGCUUUGCAUUAAUUACGACUGUACAUGGUUGUACUAUAACAGUAAUGAAGAACCUGCGUGUCUGUGGGGACUGCCAUUCUGCCAUCAAGCUCAUAGCAAAAAUUGUUGAACGUGAAAUCAUUGUAAGAGAUUCUAGCCGCUUUCAUCACUUUAGGGAUGGCUUCUGUUCUUGUUCAGAUUACUGGUAGCAUUAUCCUUUUGAUUAUCAUUGUGAGAAGGUUAGUGGAGCCUUGUAAUCUGUUCACCAGAAGCAGGAAUACAUUUAAAUUUAAGGGAACUGCAAGAGUUUCGACGGCCCUCACCAACAUUCAGGGAAAUGCUCUACACCAAUAUAGGGUCCUUCCUUGGAGCAAGAAUAGGUAACGAUCUUUAGGGUAACGUUACCAAAGUAGAGAUCAGAAUUAGCAUGCACAAUAGGUAACAUUCUUUCGGCUAACGUUACCAAUAUAGAGAUCAGACAUUAGCAUGCACUGCUUCAAAUGUCUAGAUGCUGAUCUGGGAGCCAUGUCUAAAAACUGUCCUAUGAUUGACCCGUUGUACCUAAAGUCAAGGCAGCUGCUGCACACAAAUAUAGCUUUAGGUACCUGGUGCCCUAUCAUGCCAAGCUUGAGGUACCUGGUGCCCUAUUUGCAUAGUAGGAUGCCACCGACAAAUCUUCCAACAGCGAUCAGGAAAUACUUUAUGUACGCUCAUGAGAGGUUUAAUUACAAGCUUUGGAGAAGAUAGCUGUUCGUUUCCUGCCUCAGCCUUAAGAUACUAGAAUUAUACAUGCAUGGCUAUUACACAUGGAUACUCUCCCUUAGCAUUGAAACAAGGGACUUGGAGCUGUUAUUUGCAUAGCUGAUGUUGUCUUCAUGUCUUUCAUGCUGCUACUGCUGAAGCUUGAAAUGCUCCCGGUUUCUGUAAUAACCCGAAAUAUAGUCAUGUACUAAUUAAUCGUGAGAUUUAAGAAGUAACUUUCGUUGG